ACACUGAAUCAUAUUGGGAAAUAUUUAGAAGCAGAUUGUUUGAUGUCCAAAUACAAUCAUUUAUUUAAUCAAGUUGUGAAAUAUCCAUUUUGCAGAGCAUCUGGUUCCGUGAUUUACUGCACCAACUUGCGCAGAUUUUUUUUCUACGGAGCGUCAAGGAUUUAGAUUUCGGAGCGCGAAAGUUAGUGACGAGGAUAUUUAUAGCAGUCAAUGACAGGAUAAAACUAUAUAGCUAUUUUUCUGUAUAUUUCAUGAAGAACAUAGAGGAUAUUUUUUAAUCGAAAAUAUAUUGCUGGAAUUCGCCUGCAAAAGCAUAAUGACAGACUUUUGUUUUUUAUCUGGCAUAUUAAUUCUAUUUAUUGCCACGGUUUUUAGUAUUCUAGCUCUCGUUCUAGACUUCUGGGAGGUUGGAAAUAUCGAUUCAGUGGAGAUAGGUCCGAUACGCUUGAAUUAUGUUCAUAUGCAAGCUGGAUUGUGGCACGAGUAUCACACUUUGCACGAUUUCGCCGGAACGGAAAUUUCUACCAGAGUGGGCAGUACAACUAAAUUAUGGAGAGAAAUAAAUUUUGACACCGAGAUAGGGAUGAUGUUGUUUACAAUGCGUCUCCUGCUAUUUAUAGCAGUAUUUUCAUUGGUUGCGGCCACUGUUUGUAGUAUCCUAAGACUGAAAGUCUAUCAGGAAAUGAAAAGUCUUAUGAAUACGGCUUGGUCUCUUUCGUUCGAAGCAGGUGUCCUGUUACUGGUCUGCUUUGUGGUAUAUCUGACGGGUAUAAAACAGAAUACGACUGACCUACAUGCCGCAUUCUACCUGGACAUUCUGGCCUGGCUCCUGGCAUGGUUUGCUGCUAUUCUCCUCUUCAUGUCAUCUCGAACAUUUGUUGCCAUAGUUACCGAAGACAUGGAUCCACCCGCAGAAUUACUUUAGAACCUAUGAUGUUUUUAACCGCGCUAUCCUUUCAGGGACAAAUUGACGCUGUAUAAAAAUCUAAAAUCAGUGUUUAAAGAGGUUAUCAAAUUGAUGGCAACCAAAUGGGAUCGGUCUGAAUGUAAUUAAAACAAACAAAAAAUCCAAAGUUUUUAUUACACGUGAAUGUUUUCUGCUUGGAGGGCCAAUGAGUAAUUAAAUCCAAAAGAAGUUCCACUGGAAGCAUAGAACGUAAGAAAGCAACGGUUCAUGAGUGUUUUUGAAAUGUGCGUCAUCUCUCAUUUGUUUCCAAAAACACAUCGGUUGAUUGACUAAUGAAAAAAAUGUCCUCUAACUUGGAUUCUUGAAUUGUGCAAAUGACCAAAAUGAUAUUUUUCUACAUCACACGUCGAUUUGCUGAACACAUUAAGUAAUUAAGGAUAGAAAAUUUUCCGGAGAAACAUGUUGUUUCAAAUAGUAUGUUUGAUUGCGAUAGACGGUGUUCGCUUUUGAACUCACACGAAAGAUAAAGUGAUAUUCUGUUAAAUAAAGACGAUCUAACCCGUCGCUCUGACUUGGAUAAACAAAGCAAAUUCCAAUUGGCUUUCAACAGAAACUGAAAAAUUACUGUUAAAUUCGUAUAAAUCAAAUUUUAAGUUUUCGUUUCCAUAUCGAAAAGGCAUUUCAAUUUCCGUUUAUAUCAUUUGAUUGUUUAUAUAACCAAUACCGAGUGUUCUUUUAGUCAUGUCUUCUUUAUACAUUUACAGCCUUCCUAUUUUUUUAUACUUCACUUGUCAGAACAGCUUGCAGAACUUUUGUAGUUCUUUCGAGAUGCACUGCAAGAUCUAAAAAGUGCGCGAAACGGUGCUUUAGUCUUCCUCGGCCAUUUUGAAUUGAAAGAGCCAUGUGAUCUCAUCUCUGCCGACGUAACCUUAAACGUCAACAAAAUAGACAUGAAUAUGACCAUAGACACAAUGCUUGGAAUAUGAAUAUUAAUGUCAGUUCAGUUCGCUCAUUGUUGGCUCCUGUUAUUGGUAUUCGUCUCUUAAUGGUUGAAAAUCUUGAUAUGUAUUAUACAUAUAUAUCAAUACAUGACCAUGUACAUUUAAAUUGUCUUCAAAUGUGAGAGCGUAUUUUUUUUCAUAGCUGUGUUUUUUUUUCUAACAAAAAAGUUCAUUUAUUAAAACAAAUAUCAGAAUAACCGUGUUUUGUUGUAAUUUUGCUAUAUUCUAUUCUUUUUUUUUUCAUUAAUAAUAAUAUUUAUCCGUUUUGCUAUCAUGUUCUUUCAAUGUGGGAUUUAAUACUGUCAUACUGAGAUUUUAUUCUUAUAUGUGCACGGAUACAUGUCACAUGU